AUGUGGCCAGAUCUUAUACAGAAGGAAAAAGAAGGAGGGUUAGAUGUGAUUCAAACUUAUGUUUUCUGGAAUGGACAUGAACCACAACCUUGUCAAUAUUAUUUCGAAGAUAGGUAUGAUUUGGUGAAGUUCAUUAAGCUGAUUAAGAAAGCUGGACUCUAUGCUCAUCUCAGAGUUGGCUGUUAUGGAAAAAUUCACAAGGCAUUCCAUGUCCUCUACAGAAUCACUACAAAUGAAGGAGUUUUAGCUCUCUGGAAAGGUGCGAGUCCCACUGUGGUUAGGGAAAUGGCAUUGAACAUGGGCAUGCAUGCAUCCUAUGAUCAAAGUGUUGAGUUCUUGGACCAUAUUACCCUCCUUACGCUAAAUGAAUUUGCGACUUAUUUUCUUCUUCAGAAGUGCAUAUUUGAGAAUCCACAACUGAGUACCUUUGGGAGUGAAGCUAAACUUGAAGAAGUAAGAAAUAUUGUUCAGCAACUACUGAGAUGGGCAUGGAAACACAACAAGAACCUUCAAGAACAGGCUGCUCAACAAGAACACCGUUUACAAUACCGUAAGGGAUGCUAG